AUGAAGAUUCCAAUCAGGGCAAGAGCCGCAAUAGCUCUUACCACCACGCCAGCGAUGAGACCUGCCGAAGGCCCUGAGUCUGGGUUCGAUGGGGAUGGUAAGACUGCUCUCCAAGUCGAUGAAGAAGUAGAAGUUCCUAUCUUUGUGAUAGUCAUGGUUCCGUUUUCAUCUCCGGCUGCACUUAUUGCCGUGAACAUGGCUGCAAUACUCGUCAGAUCCACAGGUGUCGGCAAGGCAUUCACUACUCCGCCAGCCACACUUUCAAUCACGGUGGUAGGAACUGUAACGCCCUUGCUUGAUAGAAUUGACGACACAUCGCCCACAAUACUCGACAAAAAAUUGCCUAUUUGCCGUUUUCGCUGUGCAUGCUCCUUUCGGACCUCAUCCACGGCUACGCUUCCUGCUUCACGACAAGUGUUGUGGGCAUCUCCUUGCGUGAUGGCGCGAUCCGCAUGGGCCCAUGGCCCCGAGACGUAG